CAGUUGUUACUUUGACUCUUCCAAAAAAUCAUUAGAAAACAAAACACUACUGUCCUUAAGUUUCUUCCCAUAACAGUUUCCCUUGUCCUUCCAAUCACUUCCAUCUCAAUAAUUCCACACACACCACUACGAGUGAGUGGAUGAGUGAACGAGUCACCACCAUGGAAAAAGCUGCACGACUCGUCUUCAUCCCUGGUCUGGGAGCGGGUCAUCUCGUCUCCGCCAUUCAGUUCGCGAACCUUCUGUUGGAGCGCCACCACCAUAUCUCCAUCACUCUCCUCGUAAUCAAACUACCAUCCGACACCACAACCGCUGCUUACACUCAUUCCCUUCUUAACUCCCAACGUCUUCAGCUCAUCAACCUCCCCGAAACUCCCUCCAACUCCCAACCAACUCUAAUGAACGAAACAAUCGAACUUCAAAAGCCACACGUCAGAGAAGCCAUCUCCAACCUCAGCCCUACACCCCCACUCGCGGCCUUCGUGGUGGACAUGUUCUUCACCACCAUGAUCGAUGUCGCCAAAGAGUUCAACGUCCCUUCACUCGUCUUUUUCACCUCCGGUCUUGCUUUCCUUGGUUUGAUGCUUCAUCUCCACACCCUCAAGGAAGAGGAGAACGCCGAGUUCACUGAGUUCGACGCCGAGUGGGUCAUCCCGAGUUUCGCGAAGCCAAUCCCAGCACGGAAUUUUCCUUCCGUAACGCUGAGGAAGGAGUGGGAGGAAGUUUUCAUGAACUUCGGGAGGGGCCUCAAGAAAGCUGAUGGCUUCAUAGUAAAUUCGUUUGAGGAGCUAGAAUCCCAUGCGGCCCAAUCCUUCUUUCACGGGCCUCAGGCCGUUUAUGCAGUGGGACCCAUUCUGAACCCAAAGCCCAAGCCCCAUGCCAACGCUCACGCUGACAACGCUGACAUCUUCGAUUGGCUUGACCAGCAACCUCCUUCCUCCGUUUUGUUCCUGUGCUUUGGGAGCAUGGGUUCUUUUGGUGAGGAUCAGGUGAGGGAGAUCGCACGGGCUCUUGAAAACAGUGGGGCCCGCUUCCUGUGGUCCCUGCGGAAACCUCCACCGAAGGGCUCUACUUUCAUGACCCCGCCCUCUGAUUACGCUCCCUCGGAAUUGCCUCCGAUUUUACCUGCGGGCUUUUUAGAUCGGACGGCAGGGAUUGGAAAGGUGAUCGGAUGGGCCCCUCAGGCCCAAAUACUGGCCCACCGAGCCACCGGAGGGUUUGUUUCCCACUGCGGCUGGAAUUCUAGCCUUGAGAGCAUACAUUUUGGUGUGCCCAUUGCGACCUGGCCGCUCUACGCCGAACAACAGACGAACGCGUUCUUACUGGUGCGUGAGCUGGAGAUUGCUUUGGAGAUUUCUUUGGAUUACAGGGUUGACUUCAUGGGUGAAGCUCCCAGUGUUUUGAGUGCGGAGAAGAUAGAAAAUGGAAUAAGGAAUUUGGUGGAGAUUGAUGAUGAGAGAAGGAAGAGAGUGGUGGAAGCGAGUGAAAAGAGUAGGACGACAUUGUUGGAAGGUGGAUGUUCCCACUCUUCUUUAGGACGUUUCGUUGAUUACGUUAUGAAUCAGGUUUAGGUAUCUUACUCUAAUCUAAUCGAUCAUACAUAUUGCAUGCGUAAUAAUGCUUAUAAUGCUUGUAUUCGUUAUCAAGUUGCUAUAAUUUCUUUUUAUCAGCUGUUGCAUAUGUAAGACUAAGGCAGUGAUGUAAACUCCAUAAAGAUACUCUUUCCAA